AUGUAUGCACUUCGGUAUGCAUUUUGUGAAAUACUCAACCUGGUCAAUGUUGUUGGACAAAUUUUUCUUUUGGAUUUAUUCCUUGGUGGUGCCUUCAGGGAUUAUGGCGCAGGCGUCGCAGCAUUUACUCAUGUACCUAAAGUGCCGUCCAACUUUAUUGAUUAUGACUCCGUAAAUCCAAUGGAUGCAUUUUUUCCAAAAGUAACUAAAUGCUUUAUAAGGAUGUAUGGUCCAUCAGGGACUAUACAAGUGAAAGAUAGACUAUGUGUUUUACCAUUAAAUAUUGUCAAUGAGAAAAUAUUUGUAAUACUAUGGUUUUGGCUUAUAUUUCUGGCUGCUAUGUCAAUUGCCGCUGUAAUUUUUCGAAUCCUUGUGUUGUCUAUGCCACCCAUCCGCAUUUAUUUAAUUAUGGGUCAAGUAAGAUGUGUAAAACACAAGGUAGUUUCAAAAAUAGUUAAGCGUUUCAGCUUUGGUGAUUGGUUCCUGUUGUAUAUGCUUGGCAAAAAUAUGAAUCCCAUUGUAUACAAAGACUUAAUCAUAGAACUUUCUAAGGACUUAGAAAGUAGAUCUCUAAUGGUUUAA